AUGCGCUUUAAGUUUAAAUCAUAUGUGACAAGGAUAUAAGCAAGAUGAGUGUCUAUCCAACAUAUCAACAUGUGUUUUCCUCCUGGGAGGUCUACCCACGGAUACAUUAUUUCCAGAAACGAUUUAAUGAUCUACUUGUAAGAUUCAACCGAAUAAUAGGAGCUCUGCCGGAAAGUUUCAGAGAAAACAGUGUAGAAAAAGUGCUGGAAAAAAUCAGGUCUGAUUUUGAUAGUGGUCUACAAAUUACAGUGAUAGGAAAAGAGGAUAUUGACGACGCAACGUUGGUGAUAUCUGAUGACAGAAAAACACAAACACAUGAUGCUAAAGAAUCACAGAAACAUGAAGAUGCACAGUUAAGCGUUGUUGUUUGCCACAUCGAUCUCGAAAGUCUCGACGAGCAGGCACUAAGGAAUACCACUGCGGUUAUUGAAUUUGCACAAAAGGUUUCCCAUCCAUGUUCUGUUCUAUUACUCAAGUGUGACACUAAAAGCAUUUUCUCAGAGGAAGCGAUUUACGAGUUCAAAAAUGCUAUUCUUGAACAAGGAAAACAGGGUCUGCGACAAGAGGAUAUACUCAUUAGAUCUAAAGCUAGCGUUCUGCAAAAACGAAUAUCGGAUAAACUUGAAGAAAAAAUUACAGAUGGAUUUUCAAAGAUCAGUUCAUUUCUACAAAGUUUUGAAUCAGACGACAACAUACGCAACGAAUUUACCGGGGAUGUAAAUAAAUCGGAUGGAGUCGUAAAAGCAAUUCGUGAUUUUCUACAGAAUUUUCAAAGACUGAAAGAUUUAAGAGAUCUGACAAAUGGAAUAGAAAUAGUGGAUGAGACAUUUACCUACCGCGUCCUCCAUCACUUGUGUCACGUGAUAAGAUGUGCAGCAGUUCCUGUAUUUGCAAGGAAAUACAAUCAGCAACUAUGGGUUUGUAAUAGAUUACUACAUGAAAUAGAGUUUGAAGAAGCUUUGGUUGAUUCUGUUUCCAGGAAUACUCGGUAUCACCUGAGUAAGAUUGAGAAAGCUCUCGACGAAAAUAAGAAUGGCAAAUUUAUUUUCCUCUUAUAUCCGCUUCAGGAAGACAUGAAAUCGACUUUUGAAGACGUCGAAAAGAAGUUUUCAGGUAUGCAGCGUCUUUCAUUGGUAACUAAAAAGAUGCUGUUUGAAACAAAUGGUUAUAUAAAGCAGACAAAUUUAGGACUUGCAGCUGUUGCCGGAAAAGAGUCAGUUCCAGCUGAAAUAAGUGAUGAUCUUAGAGACAACCUCCUGUCCAUACAAGGUGUUUAUGGUCUGGGAACAAUAUAUGGCAAACUGGAGGUUCAUCUUGAUCUAAGCCAUAUUGAAGAUAAAGCAGAAACGAACGAAAUGGAAUCUGACAAUACCGAUAACUCGAAACCAACUGAAACGGAUUUGCAAAGUUUAAAUUUUAGCAGUGAAAACACCACAGCAAGCCGCUGUGAUUAUAAUCUUGAAACAGUAUAUGGCAAACUCGAGGGAAGCCAUGAUGUAAACCUCAUGACAGACGAGGAAAAAGAGCAUACCAUACAUUCUGACGGCAAAGACGAUAACUCAAGACAGGCAGAUACGGAUAUGCAAACCUCAAACGGCGAAGACAACAAAACAAGGGGAUAUGACGACGACAAGAACAUAUCCACUACAAUCACAGAAAAUGGAACGCAAAAUCUGGAACUUAUUAAAACUGAAAUAGCGGAACAGUUAAAAAAGAAUUGUUACUAUCUGCCCUACACAGUAAAAUGUAUCUCUAGGAAACCGGAGGUAGCUAAAGGCUCUUUUGAACCAGGUGAUCGAUUACUCAGCCCAACAAAAGAAGAGGGUAACUUCACAUUUGGAACGAUAGGAGGAUACGUUUUCUCUAGGGAGAAAAAGAAAAGGUUGUACGGCCUUACGUGUUUGCAUGUUGUCGGUGUAGACGGAAAUGUUUAUACGGAUAACGGAAAAGAAAAAGAACUUUUUGGUAAAUAUCGAAAAGGAAUGGAAAACAGUACCGCUUCAUUUAUUGAUAUAGCUGCGGUUGAAGUUACUCCGACCUUACAAGAGAAAUAUAAGAACUAUUUAGAAAAAGAAAUGACACGUGUAACAAAAGUGAAGGUAUCGCAUGAGAAAACAAAUGAUCUGACCGGGCGUUAUGUUUAUAAAUUUGGUGCGGCAACUGGAGUAACGGAAGGUACAAUAUUGUGUGAGAACUACAGUUUAUUUGACUCAAAAGCUCGUAGUUACCUCAUAGUAAUUGAUCCUUUAGCGGCAGAUAAAAAGCUCGAGUAUAUUACGAAUGUGUUUACCUCGGUACGAAGAGCCCCGUCAAGCACUGCAAAUCGAGCAGUUGCACAAUUAUCGAGUGGCGCAAGUCAGUUAGUUAAACGAUCUAAAGGACAGACUGACUCGCAACUACCUUCCGACGCAAACAACGUAGUCGCUCUAUCGUCGACUGCAAGUCAGGAUAUCGGUCAACCGCCAAUCAUUGCAAGUCAACUGCGGAAGAGUGGUGUAAGUCCAAGAAAAACAAAUCCAUUUCGUAGUGGGAAUCAAAUCGACACACGAUCGUCCAACAAAUCAAAUGAGACAGCCGAACAACAGUCCAACAGUACACAUCAAUCAGUCGCUCUGUCAGACACUGAAUGUCAGUCUGGUGCACGAUGUUCAGCCACCGAAUUUCAGUCUGUUGCACGAUCUUCAGACACCGAAAUUCAGUCAAUCAAACAAUCUUCAAACAUCGAAUGUGAGUCUGUCACAAGAUCCUCAGACACCCAACGUCAGUAUGGCGCACGAGUUUCAUUCACUGAAAGUCAUUCAUUCGCACAAUGUUCACAUACUGAGAGUCUCAAGACUACCAAUUUGAACGAAAUGGUCGCGCAUUCAUCAAGCACUGCAAGUCAGCAAUACAAACAAUCGUCAAGCGGUGCAUGGCAGACCGUCUCAAAAUCGUCAGUAAUUGGAAUUCAGACGAUCCUGCUACCAAACAAAAGUGAUAGCCAGACCAUCACACAAACUCUAAGUUCAGAUGUCUCAAAAACAAUACAAUUUAAAAGAAUGGCAGUCUCAAAAUCACCAAACACUGCCUGUCAAACGUUUAGAAAACUGACAGACAGUACUACCCAAACAGUUGCUAAAUUGUCAGUCGAUGUUAAUCAAACAGACGAGCAAUUGUUAGAAUAUUCAAGCCAGGCAGCGACAGAAUUGUUACACAGAGCAAAUAAACGUCCCGGAUACGAAAUGAAAACAGAUGAAGUUCAUCAAAAUGAAAAUCUCAAAGGUUACAAUUAUACCAUAAAAGAUGACGCGCUUCCUAGCAUAGGCCGGAACGAAAUACACAUUGACAGCAAUAUGAGAAACAUGAAACUGAACGCAGCCCUUUACGUUGAUGAAGCGACUAUGACACAAGUUUCGAAGGAGGUCGACAUCUUAGAUCUGAAUGAUGAAAUACAAGAAAAAGAUUCUUUUGUCAAAGUUAAUGCAAAAGAUACAUAUGCAAACAAGCAGAAUCCAAUAACUCCUCCACAGGAGCUGAAGUUUACACCAGAUGUCAAAGAAUCUAGAGCAGAAGGACACACUCAUGCUGAUCCAAAUACUUUGGUAUAUGUUAGAGAUAUUCAUAGUGUAACUGAAUCUGAUGAAAUCAAAUCGCGUGAUUUGAAGGGUGUUUUCUCUAGGAACGGUGAUAGCGGUGCCAUUAUUUGCACACCUGAUCCAUCGUGUGGUCUUACAUGUUUAGCGGUGUCAAUGUUGACUGGAGGAGACCUGGAAAUUAGUGGUCAUCAAGGAUUAAAGAGUUUAUCUUUCACGUUAAGAAAAGGGUUAGACAUUAUAUGUAAACAAUGUGAUAUAGAAUUUGAGACUGUUGGGGGAAAAUCAGAGAAAUAAAUACAAAAUAAAUAACGUAUAUAACGUUGUUGAAAAUGAUAGAAAAUGCGCGUUGAAAUAUCUUUAAGAAUGCCUCUCAAUUAUCACUUUCAGGCGAAAAUACGUAAAUUUUUUAAUUACUCUCGAUGUUUCUUAUGUGAUAUAUAUGUCUUCUUUGUGAGUAUUUUUUGUUGUUGUUUUUUUUUUUUGUUUUUUUUUUUUGUUUCUUGUUGUUUUUUUUUUUUUUUUUUUUUUUCAAAAUUGGAAGUGGACAGUCACAUUUAAGCAAGACCGUUUGACAUUUUUCACUUUUUAGAUAGUCUGUUAGUAUUUAUUGAAGGAACAGACAUAAACAUUAAAUAGAUUACGAUUCCUGUUCGAAAUAUGUGCUUUUGUCGUUUGUAAAAUUAUGUACAUUUUAAUUAAUUUAAUUAACUCUCUUUGAAGUGAAAGUAUCUAUGAAAGCAGAUUGUUUCUUUCGA